AUGCCCGCCGCCAUCGACGACGACGGCUCGUCCGAGAUGACAGAGCUCCCGUUUCCACCGGUGACUCGAGAGCACAUACUCCACUGCUCAUACCACUACUGGCACGCAAAGUAUCGCAGCAUCACACCGAAAGCUCGCUUGAUCCCGCUCAAUCAGGCUUUUCUGGACUACCUACGCGCCGAUGGAAUCGUUCUGGCACCAGAAGAUGACGACCAACCUCCCCAGUGGUCAGACACAGACAGCGGCGUCUUCUCUGCAUCGGACAAUCCAGAUGCGCCAGACGACUCCGAUGAUGAAAGCGAAGAUGUCCUGGCAGGGUGGCGCAACAUUCAUACUGCGAUCGCCAACACCAUCGCGGAGCUAGGUGGCGAGGUGGCACCAAAGCUGAACUGGUCUGCUCCCAAGGACGCUACCUGGAUGAACGCCAAUACGAUGAUAUGUCGGACGCCGAACGAGAUCUACCUACUACUCAAGAGUUCCGACUUCGUCACGCAUGACCUCGAACACGCUUUCGACGACACUGUCGCUUCGCCCGGCUCGACGCUGACACAGAGCACGAUCCCGUACCACUUGGUACUACGCAAAGCCGUUGGCCAGUGGAACCCAUCAGUCGAAUUUCGCUGCUUCGUGCGCGGUCGACGACUAUUAUGCAUGUGCCAGCGGGAUCUCAACCACUUCGAGUUCUUGUCUGGUUUGAGUGAUGAGAACUUUACUUUUGAUGUUUAUGUGCCGGCGCCAUACGACCGAGUAUGGCUUGUCGACUUCAACCCGUGGGCGCCGAGGACAGAUCCACUUCUCUUCGGCUGGCUGGAGAUACUGACCAUGCCCGAGCCACCAAAGGAAACGAUGGACGAUAUGCCGGACUUCGUCAGACUACCGAUCAAUGGCGACUCGAAGGGCUACGCCGAGCUGCUGAGCAAGUUGAGGAUCGCGGCCGCAGAGCAAGACGAGCUCGACGACAAUGAAGCAGACAACAACUCUGACACAUCGUCAGAUGCAGACGAAGAGAUCUGGCUGCCGGAGCUGCGACUGAUCAGCAAGACGGACCCGGAGGCCUACAACUUCAGCACACCGCAGUACAGCGCACAUAAGCUGCCAAAGGAUGUCGUGGAUGCGAGCCAGAGUGGUGAAGGUCUGAGGGAGUUUGCGCGGGAUUGGGAGAAUAUUCUGGCCAAGCGCCGGAGAGAAGAUGAAGAGGUGGGUGAGAGCAGUGGAGAUGAGUGA